AUGGUUCGCGCCGGCCUAUAUUUACCCGAGAUCUUCCUCCCGGACCGCAAGGAUGUGAGGCAGGCGAGCCGGACACCGCUCGCAGCUCGGGAGAGGGCGCGCUGCAAAGGCGGGCAGCCAACCGAGGAGAGCUCGGGAGCCGAGUCGGACACCCUCGGAGGGGGAGAACUGGGGAAGCGGCGAGCCCAGCGCUGCCCUGGCCGAGCCAGCCCCGACAGUGAGCCAGCCAAGCGCGAGUCCCCGGCGUCCGGCCGGGGCGGAGAUGCAGUGACCACGGCGGGACUGCUGCGCGAGGCCCACCGCGGCCGGCCAGACCCACCUUCUGACCGCACUUUGGCACUUUCCCGCUACCUACCCCCCCCCCCCCCCCACCCGGGCGGCGCCGGGGGCCCGCCGCGGCAGGCGUCCAAGCCUAAGGGCUACGCUGUGAGCCUGCACUACUCGGCGCUCAGCUCGCUGGCGCGGGCGUGCCCCGAAGGCGCGCUCAGCCGAGUGGGCAGCAUGUUUCGCUCCAAGCGCAAGAAGCUGCACAUUACCAGCGAAGAUCCCACUUACACCGUGCUCUAUCUGGGCAAUGCUACCACCAUCCAGGCGCGCGGCGACGGCUGCACCGACCUGGCGGUGGGCAAGAUCUGGAGCAAGAGCGAGGCGGGCCGUCAGGGCACGAAGAUGAAACUGACCGUGAGUGCGCAGGGUAUCCGCAUGGUGCACGCGGAGGAGCGCGCGCUGCGCCGUCCGGGCCACCUCUACCUGCUGCACCGCGUCACCUACUGCGUGGCGGACGCGCGACUGCCCAAGGUCUUCGCCUGGGUGUACCGGCACGAGCUGAAACACAAGGCGGUCAUGCUACGCUGUCACGCCGUGCUGGUGUCCAAGCCUGAGAAGGCGCAGGCCAUGGCCCUGCUGCUCUACCAGACGUCGGCCAACGCGCUGGCAGAAUUUAAACGCCUCAAGCGGCGGGACGACGCGCGUCACCAGCAGCAGGAGCUGGUGGGCGCGCACACCAUCCCGCUAGUGCCAUUGCGCAAGCUGCUCCUGCACGGACCCUGCUGCUACAAGCCGCCGGUGGAGCGCAGCCGUAGCGCGCCCAAGCUCGGCUCCAUCACCGAGGACCUGCUCGGCGAACAGCAGGAGCAGGAGCUGCAGGAGGAAGAAGAGGAGGAACAUCCCGAAGGCUGCCUGGAGGAGGAGGAGGAGGAGGAGGAGGAUCAUACAAGGGAAACGGAUCCAGCAGAGGAGGAAGCUGAGGCGCAGCGGGCGCUGGUGGUGGCCAUGCACUUUGAAUGCGGGGACUUGCUGGACACGCUGGAGAAUGGCCGCGAGGAGGCGCUGGAGGGCGGCAAGGUUUCGCUGGGCGCGGGGUCCGCGUCGCCGCCUCUGCUGCUGGGCAGUGCCUCGGACAUGAAGGCCGAGCUGUCGCAGCUCAUUAGCGACCUGGGUGAGCUCAGCUUUGGCAACGACGUGCGCACCCUGCAGGCCGACCUGCGGGUGACACGCCUGCUGUCGGGCGAGAGCACUGGCAGUGAGAGUUCCAUCGAAGGCGGAGGGCCGGAUGCCACCUCUGCCACUGCCGGGGACCCAUCCAGCCCCACGGACAGCGCCAGCCCAGACGAUACCCACUCGGGCUGAGUUCCCAGCAGACUCCUCCGUGUGCCCCAGGAGCUCCCUCCCUAACCGUGUCCCCACCACGUCCCCACCCUAGCUCGCUCCCAGAAAACGGAAAAUGGGGAUCUUGCGGUCCAGACUUCCCUUCAGGUCUCAGGUCCUGAGUACCCCCGGCCGCCGCCCCCGCCCCUAGUGUUCCAACACGUUGGUUCUGUUUGAAGACAGAGCAGGUUGCUUGUGGGGAGAUGUGAG